UAUUGUGCUCGCGUUUCGGUAACAGCUAUUGUUAUUGGCUGGUGUUUUUUCCUCAACCAAGUGUGCUUCUUCCAUCGCGUGUUAAUUGUGGGAACAGUGAAGUGCGCUCAACAAUUCCCACCAGCUGGAGUGAAUAGCUUCUCACAGCAGAUACUGGUGAAGGUCUAUAGAGAGACACUUUUGAUUGCCGAAUCAUCGCCAUUUCCACCGCCGACGUAGGUGCGCUCGCUCACCAAUACACCUACAGCAGUGUAGCAAUAGACGCCAACACGUGAUCAACUGGACGGUGCAGAACGAGUCGAAUAUUAUCUGCGCGGGGUGCGCAUUUAGAUGAGAUCGUUCGCUGUCAACGAUGUUCACCGGGCAUGAUGAAAGCAUUAUAUUCAAUCGUUCUUCUUCCAUCUAAUUGAUUCGAAAAUCUUGCUACUAAUGGCUAGUGGCAGGUAACCUAUGCGCCAGUAAAAAUAAUGAUACAACGCAUUAGCCAACAAAGUGUGCCAAAAUGACAACCUUAUCACAUCCUUACAAAGACUGUCCGGAACCGAAGGAAGUUCCACCUCAAUUCAGAAGGGAUGUGGAUGCGCUGUUUGAAUGGAUCAAACAGCAGCCACGUUUUCCAGCAUAUACGAGAAACCAUGCUCAUCUGUUCCUCCAUGCGUGCCUCUGGGAUGUGGAGAAUGCUAAAAAAGCAUUGCAUAAAUAUGGUCACAUCCAUGCCACGGCACCGGAUAUUUUCGACAACCGGGAUGUGCUCUUGUCUGGAUCGCAAAGUGUGCUGAACAUGGCCCAGCUGGUUUCGCUGCCGAAAUUAACACCGGAAGGAUAUCGAUUAUUGUGCUAUCGUUUGUCCGACACUGAUCCUUCACGGAUGAACUUUGGCGAGGCGAUAAAAUUAUUCUGCAUGUUUAACGAUGUCCAAAUCAGCAAAGAUGGACCUAUCGAGGGCUACAUAGUCAUUUUCGAUAUGAAGGGUGUACGAUUGGGACACUUAGCCCGUGUGCAAUUUUCUCCGUUAAGAGUUUUUAUGAGCUACAUCCAAGAUGCUCAUCCAGUGCGGCUGAAAAAAAUCUACAUAGUGCACACAGCGUCGUUCAUCAAUCAGGUGAUGGCACUGAUAAAACCUCUAAUAAGAUCUGAGCUCCUGGGCCUGUUGCAAUUUUGUACUUCCGGGCCGUUGGACAUUCUGGAAGCUGAACUCUUACCACAGGACUACGGUGGCACGUUACCAGAAAUGGCAGCUUUGUAUGGAGAACAGAGGAAUGAACUCGAAACCGAAUACCGAGAAUGGUUAAUUAACUCCGCUGUUUUGAAGGAAGCUCCCAAGGAAAAGAAUAACCCCUCCAUGAGGCCUCCAGUGAGAUCGUUCCGUGGAUUGGAGAUUGACUAGACGCCCCCCCGCCAGAAUAUUUAUUUAUUUAAUGCGAGGAGGUGCAGGAGGGACAUCGUUUCAGUAGUGUGACAAAAAAUAUAGAACAUUUGGUUGAGGCAUAUCGUAAAAAAUAGACUUGUAGUGUGUCAAAUGGUUAUUAAAAUUAUUGUAUGAAAAA